AUGGCAUUGGUACUAGUAGAGCGCAAGCUGCUCUUCUCUCCGCCACUAUGCUCGUUUUGCCAACAAUUAAUUACCUCUGAGCUGGAUAGACCCACGGCGCAAGUGGACGACAUACUUUAUCCGGAGCGUGAUCGCCUUUCUCGCAAGCGUGCGAAGACAUAUUCCGAGGAUUGCGGGUUGUGCGAUUAUGCGAUCUGCAAUCUUGAGCUUAGUGGGCUGAAAUGGAAAGACGGGGAGAAUGCUUGGUCGCUACGAGCAGUUUUGUACCCAAGAACUCGCCACGUACGAUGCAAUGAGAUUGAAGCGAACGCGAAUUACUCCUGUCCUACGCGUCUCAUCCAAAUCUCAGAUGACACUCUUCACCUCGUGUGCUUACCACCAGACACGAGAGUCAAGUACGUUGCCCUUUUCCACUGCUGGGGACACCAUCAGCCUAUCACCACUACGACAGGCAAUAUAGAAGCGCACAAGGCCAGCAUUCCCCUCGAAUCAAUGCCGAAGACGUUUCAAGACGCCAUUGUCACCACAAAAGAAUUCGGAAUUGAGUUUAUCUGGAUAGACUCGCUGUGUAUAAUUCAAGACUCGCCGUCUGAUUGGGAAUACGAAGCCGCUCGCAUGGCUUCCGUUUACUCUGGCGCCACUUGCACUAUAGCAGCCGUAUGGGGCAUGAAUGGAACAUGCGGUUGUUUCCGCGACCACUGCCCAACUCUGCGCAUUUCCAUCGACGAACAGCGCAUCAUCGGCACGCACAUCACACAUCGAGCCCAUGAGAUGUACUUGCGUCCUCCACUAAAAAGCCGAAAAUAUUUAAGAGAAGCAGUCCUCAACACACAUGCUUGGACGCUGCAGGAAAUUGUUCUUAGUCGAAGAAUCAUUCUUUUCGCCGAAGACCAAAUGUACUGGCAUUGCACCUCACUCUAUGAGUCCGAAGAUAGCCUGGAUUCCGUCACAGAUAUGGCUGGUACAUCUCUCGAUAUUCCUUCACUUGGCGCUGUCGCACGAAAUGGAGAGCAGUCAAAAGACAUGCUUUACGAAAGUUGGCAAACGACGAUGAAAUCGUACUCGUUGCGGCAACUAACAAACGGGGGCGACAAGCUUGCAGCGUUGGCAGGAAUCACCGAAUUCUUUGGGGUGUCCUUGCCGACGAGGCUGUGGCUGGAUUGUGGCGGAGAGAUCUAG